UCGGUCACAACACAGUCAAACUAAAAGACCCGGUGAAGAAGACCAGACGCGAAAGAAGAAAACGAGAGGACGUGACUGUCUGAGUGACUGAAAAUGGCUUUGAGGGCAUGUUUGAGAACCAAGCCGGGUUUAACAGGUCUUCUGUCCCAGCUCUCCUCCUGCAGCAGUCAUGGUGCCGCUCACAUGUCUCCUGCCCUUGUUGCUCAGCGGAGGAGCAGCUCCACCUCACAGAAGAUCAAAGUGGAUUUUGACCAGAGCACAGGUGUGGCAGUGAUGCGCAUGCAGAGUCCUCCAGUCAACAGUCUUAGUCUAGAGUUUCUCACUGAUGUCUGCAUCGCUCUGGAGAAGCUGGAGAUGGACAAGAGCUGCAGAGGCCUCAUCGUCACCUCGAGCCAGCCCAAAGUGUUCUCAGCUGGGCUGAACAUCUUGGACAUGUAUGGGAAGAGUCCAGAGCACUGUGUGGAGUUCUGGAAAGCUGUGCAAGAGAUGUGGCUCAAGUUCUAUGGCUCCAACAUGAUCACUAUAGCAGCAGUCAAUGGCUCCAGUCCUGCAGGAGGCUGCCUGCUGUCUAUGACAUGUGACUACAGAAUAAUGGCGGAUAACCCUCGUUACAGCAUCGGUCUCAAUGAGACCCAGCUCGGCAUUGUAGCACCUUUUUGGUUUAAGGACACUAUGAUAAACACAGUCGGACAUCGGACCACAGAGAUGGCGCUACAGUUGGGGCUGCUCUACAGCCCUGCAGAGGCCUUGAAGAUAGGAUUGGUGGACCAGUUGGUCCCUGAAGACCAGGUCCUCACUACAGCCACAGAGACCAUGACCAAGUGGUUGGCUAUACCAGAUCACGCCAGACAGCUCACAAAGUCCAUGAUGAGGAAGCCAACCAUAGACAAGCUGACGUCUAACAGAGAGGCUGAUGUCAAUAACUUUGUCAAGUUCAUCACCAAAGACUCUAUUCAGAAGUCACUGGGCAUGUAUCUGGAGAUGCUUAAAAGAAGAAAGGCUUAGAGAGGGAAAACAUAUUUGCACACUAGAGUGACUUUGUUGCACCAGUUACAAAUGUGGACCAGAACAUGGGGUGAUCUGACAUUAAAGAGUGAGCAGUGUUUGGGGGAUAAAACACGUAGCAUUUACACCUUAAGGGUUUUAAAAUAAAAAUGCAUGAAGUUAGGGUGUGACUUUUUGUUUUUGUUUAAAGAGCUGUACACUCAGGCAACCUGUCAAGCCCUCUCCAUCACUCAGCAUUAACUGCAGUGUGGUUACGUAAGCAAACUGCUAAUUGUUGCAAGAAAAAAGUCUCAGUCACAAAAGUUGCACAUAUGAAGAACUGUAACAGCAAAUCUGACCUUUAGUGCAUCUAAAUGUGGCAAAGCCUUUGUCAUCUCUAACAAAUGUUUGGUUUUUACUGUGAAAUAUCAGAAUAAAUGGAUUCAUACAAUAAAUUGAUUAAAAUG